AUGUAAAACUAAAAUAAGUCAUUUUUUGAUUAAGAAACCUGUUUGGCUGAAAUUGAAUUGCCAUCUGAAUGGAGACUUCAAUUCUUGAAGUGGACAAAAAAGUUAGAAAAAUAGGAUAAAUAUUAAGAAAAAUUAAAGGCUAGUUUAGAAAUAAAAAACAAUGAAUAUUUCUUAAUUUUAGAAGAUGAAAAAUAAUCAUUUAGAAUGAAUAUAAGCGAAUUAAAAUAACCAAUGAAUAAAUGCAACUUAUUAAUACCAUCACCUCCUUAUAAUGAUUAAAGAGAUGUUUAAAAUAUAGGUGUUUUGCCUUAUAAAGCAAAAGCAAAAAUUGAAAAAGAUCAAAAAGAUGCUAGAGAUUAGUAAAUAACACUUCUAACUUUUUUUUAGUGAUAACUCAAAUUUCUCCAGCAGUCAUGAAAUUGAAAAAAGUGAAAGUGAGAAGGAAUAUUGGGAAUAUUAAGUUUAUGAUAGACUAAACUUGUCUCAUAAAGGUAUUAGAAUAAUAUCGAUUUAGAUAUUCAAUAACCAUAGCCAGUUAAGGAGAAACCCCCAGUAGAAUUUCAAAAUAAAUAAACUUUAAAGAUAAAUUUAAUUGAAUUCUUGAGAACUAAGGGGGAGAGUGGAGCAAAUUAUUAAGAGAUAAAGCAAUAUUAUAAAUUCCAAAAUGUUUCAGAAGUAAGAUAUAUAUAUAACUCAUAGAAAAAUAUAAAGGAUACACUAAAAACUUUUGCAAAUACAACUACUAGGGCUAGUAAAUUAAUUUAUAUGUUGCCUUCUACAUUGUAAAAUUGA